AUGACACCCCGCCGGCGUGCAUUACCUGCGGCGUGUGGCAUCGCCAUCCUGGCAGCCUCUGUGUGGUGCGCGUCGCCGGGCUUUGCGCUGCCAAAGGCCCAGGUGGAGGUCCCCGCGUCCUUCACAGCGCAGUUUGCCGGAGCGCUGCCGGAGAACUUUUCCUGGGAGGCGUUCCGGGAGGCCUCGCAACGGCCCCUGCGGCCUUGCGUGCGCCUGAAUCCGUUGAAGGGUGGCGACGUGCGAAGUGUCCGUUGUCUUGGUGCUGCGAACACCUGGCGGCUGGCAGACCCCGUGCCCUGGGCCGCUGACGGUUACUGGGUACAGCCCUUGAAGCCCAGUGUCUUCUCCGUGUCUGAUCAGAAGGAGGAGGAGCUGCCCUCUGCCUGGGCGCAGCUUGCGGCGAAGAAGGCGCCAAAGAAAGGGAGCAGGAGAUCGACGGUGCAGGCUAGCUCCACCGUGCGACCCUCCGCGCCAAGCGCCGUGAGCUGGUCAAAGGAUGCGGCAGCCUUGCUGGGCCGGGUCUACGUGCAGGAGGCGUCGUCGCUGCUGCCGGUUUCCGCGCUGCGGGACGCAGUGGGGGCCACGCCACCGGCUAGUUUCCGUGUCCUGGACCUGUCAGCGGCGCCGGGCGGCAAGACCACAGCCUUGGCCGCCUGGCUGGCUCCAAGCAGUGGCGCCGUGGUGGCCAAUGAGCCGAACGUCGACCGUUGCAAGGCCCUGGUGGAGAACCUUCUGCGGACAGGUUCGAUGCCAUGGGCUGCCGUGACCCAGAUGGAUGGUCGCAGCUGUGGGAAGGCCUGGCCGGAGGCCUUUGAUGCAGUUCUGCUUGAUGCACCUUGCUCUGGCGAGUCGCUCACCAGAAGAGGUGAAGACCUCACUGCGGCUUUAGAUCAGUCGCCGGCAUACAUUGCCAAGCUGUCCAAACUCCAGCGCCAGUUGAUCACCUCGGCCUUCCAGGCCUUGCGCGUCGGUGGCGUGUUGGUCUACAGUACGUGCACCCUGAACGUCCAGGAGAAUGAGGAAGUGUGCCGUUUUCUCGAAGAGUCCUUCCCAGAAGCCAUCGAGCGGCUGCCCCUGGACGACCUUGCAGGCACCGAGUCCAUGCAGACGGUAGAUGGGAGCCUGAGAUGCUGGCCACAGCUUUCAGACACCCAGGGCUUCUUCGUGGCGCGCUUCCGCAAGACCGCGCCGCAGUCCUCCGAGGCCGCGCCUGGCGACAGCAAGGUUCUCGAGCCUCUUAGCAUCCGCGAGGCCUUAGCCGUGAAGCGCGCCUUCCUUAACGCGUUCGGUGCCUGCCCCGGCCUUGAGGGCUCGUCGCUGCGGCGGCGGAACAAAGAGGUGUGGCUCAUCCCCGAGGCACUCCAGGACCUUCCCUUCUCCGGGCCUCGCCGAGUCGGCAUCCGCAUGGCCAGCACCCGGAGGCACGACCUUUCCUAUCCCGCUCACAUGGAGUGGGUUCUGUCAUUUGGGCAUCACCUGCCUGAAGAUAGCCUCGGAGUCGCCGAAGUCUCCAAAGCCUCAGCCCUGGCCUUUUGUGCUGGGGAGGUUUCUGGAGAUGCGGAACACCACCGCAGCUUCUUGUGGGCUCGGCUGUUGGCGAACUCCGGUACCUUGGAUUUGGCUAAUGAGGGCAUCCAGGACAAGGAGAAGGACAAGAAAAAGAAGGAGGCGCUGAAGCGGCUAAAGGACGAGGUCGCGCAGCUGACGCAGGAGAAGACGGCCCUGAGCCAGGAGGUUCAGAGCAAUGCCCGUGACGCCUCAGCCAAGGCCAAGCAAAUUGCCGAGCUGUCAGCACAGGUCUCUCAGCAGCAGGCGACCAUCGCGAGUCUUCGAGCCGAAGUCGCACAGAAGCAGCCUGGUGCUGCUGCCGAGAGCGCCGAGCUGGAGGCCAAGAGGGUGCAGAAGUUGGCUGCAGAGGCAUCGCGGCAACAGCAGGAGAUCGCGUCCCUCACAUCCCAGCUCUCAGCAGUGAAAAUCAAGUACGAGGCGAUGCAGCAGGAGUACAGCGACCCAUCGCUUCGGUACUUCUUGGCAUCCAAGGCCACGAAGGUUUAUGGCGACCCUGGAAUCCAAGGCGCCGCCAACAAGACCUUCAAGUACGUGCUGCCGCACAUCGCCGAGGCGCUGAAGACCGGCACCGAGGUGUAUGCGGCACUGAACGACACCUUGCUGGAUUCCAUGCACAGCAUCCUGGGGUCGGACACAUCCCUCGAGCCAAUGCUGCCGACAAUGUCCGCCUUCCUCGUCUAUGGCAUGAUCUGCUGCCCGAUAGGCCUGAUGCUGUCCUACGCCCUGGAGUGGGUCUGCAAGCUCAGGGAGCUCUUGCUUGCUACCUCCUUCUACUUGUUCUGCAUUGCUGCGCUGGCGGUCGGUUUCGUUGCAGUGACGCAGCGUGAUCCGCUGAAGGAGCUGUACCAGCAUUACUCCUCCGUUUUCGUGCUGCAGCAAUCGGGCUUCUUCGGCAUCUUAGUUGCCCAGCUGUUGCUGAUCGCGAUUGCGCUCUGCAGCGCGGCCAGCGCGGACGACGUACCCGUUGAGGUUUGGCUGAUGAGGUUGUGCCAGACCUGCUUCAUGUUCUACUUCGGCUUCGUCUACUACCGGCUCGUGUGGACGCCGACGAUGCUAGAUGAGGCGCCAAAGACGGAAUUCUUCGGGAGCAUGAUUGGCAUGGACAUCAGCUCCAAGAUGUUGCCCUACUCGCUCUCUGCCAGCGGCUUCGCGCUCAAUCUUGCGCUGGAGUGGCGUGUGCAGGGAUUGCUAGAGGAGGACAACCAGGCAGAGAAGGAAGAGAAGGAUGUGGAGCCGCUUUGGACCAAGGCCUCGGCCGUUGCCGUCGAGAACACCCAGGCGGUGGUGAAGUACAACGACUUGGUUCUAGGCCUCGCAAGAUGGAAGGGCGCGAUGCUCCGAAACGACGUGCCGACACAAUGGCGCUGCCCCAACAUCGCUCUGUAA